AUGAUGAAUGUCGAUGAUGAAGGUAACACGAUGUACCGGAUUCGCAAAUUUAUUGAUCAUCAAUGUGAUGGACGAGCAGUUAAAGGGGACGACGGAUGGUAUACUACCUCCAACGGUCUCAAGCGUCCACGAAAGACAACUAAAGGAUGGAAAUUGUUAGCUGAAAUGAAAGGUGGAGAAACCAAAUGGCUUGAUCUAUCAGUAGCAAAAGAAGCGUAUCCUAUUGAGGUUGCUGAAUAUGCUGUUGCAAACAAGCUUGUGUCAGAGCCUGCCUUUGCGUGGUGGGUUCCCUACACUCUGAGAAAGCGUGAUCAAGUUUUGAAAGCUGUUAAGCGCCGUGCUGUGAAAAGGCAGAAACCAGAAAUUUUUGGUAUUGAAGUGCCUGGUCCUGGGCCAAAAGGUGUCGCACGUGCGUAUGAACUUGAUGCUGAGAAUGGUACCUCGCAUUGGAAUGAUGCUUUGAUCAAAGAGGUCAAGACAAUUCUGCCAGCUUUGCAGAUUCUGGAAGAAGAUGAAGAUGUUCCCGUUGGAUAUCAGCUCAUUGAGCUUAUGACUGUCUUUGAUGUCAAGAUGGAUCUCACACGGAAGGCACGCAUAUGUGCUAUUGGGGACCAGACUGACCCUCCAAUGUCUGUCACCUAUGCAAGUGUUGUGACAAGGGAAAGUAUUCGACUUGCUUUUGUUAUUGCUGCUUUGAAUGGUUUGAAUGUUUUGAGUGCUGACGUCUCGGGUGCAUAUCUGAAUGCCAAAUGUGCCAAGAAAGUGUAUUGUAUUUUAGGGAAGGAGUUUGGAGAGUAUGCCGGGAAGAAAGCUAUCCUGGUUAAGGCCUUUUACAGACUCAAAAGUUUGGGAUUCGCAUGGAGAAUUCUCUGUGCAGACGUUUCGAAGGAACAAUUGGAGUUCCAACCAUGUCGCGGAGAUAUGGAUGUUUGGCGUCGUUCUUGUCAACGCAAAGAUGGUUCAAACUAUUAUGGACAAGUUGUCAAGAAGCGAAUUGCGCCGAUGCAACUGACUUUGAAGAAAAAGGUUUAUUCAACUUUACCCACUGGAUACAAGCCGGAACUUGAUUCUACUCCUUUUGUCAAUGAUGAUACUGCCAUACUUUACAUGCAGCUCAUUGGUAUUCUGCGCUGGCUUGUGGAACUUGGUCGUAUCGAUGUUGCCGCCAAAGUGUCUAUGCUCUCAUCUUACAAUGCAAUGCCUCGUGAAGGUCACUUUCAUGCUGCCUUACAUAUUUUUGCCUAUUUACAGAAGCAUCCUGAUCGUAUACUUGUGAUGGAUUGUGGUUAUGCUGAUCAUCUGAGACCAUUAAAGAAAGCUGAUUACUCACAGUUCUAUGAAUUCACUAAGGAUGAACUCCCAAGUGACAUGCCUACACCUCUUGGCAAAGCGGUAGAGUUUACUAUGUUUGUUGAUGCAUCUCAUGCUGCUAACGUUGUUACUCGUCAAUCAAGAACAGGAGUAUUGAUCUUUGUUAACAAAGCUCCUAUUAUCUGGUAUUUGAAAACUCAGAACAGUGUCGAGACAAGCAGUUUUGGUUCUGAGUUUUCUGCUCUAAAGACAGGUGUUGAAUUACUUGAGGGACUACAAUUCAAGCUCAGAAUGAUGGGCAUCCCAAUCCAAGGUUAUUGUCAUACUUGUGUUGACAACAUGUCCGUUGUCAAGAACUCAAGUGUUCCUGAAUCUCAAUUGAAAAAGAAAUCGAAUGCUGUCGCAUAUCACUACGUUCGCUCUAGAUGCGCAAUUGAUAUCCUACAAAUUGAAUGGAUCAAUUCCGCUGAGAACUUGGCCGAUGUUUUAACCAAGAUCCAACCUGGACCUGUUCGUGACCGUCUUAUUGAACACAUCAUGUGGAAAGCAAAGCAAAAUGGAAAACUUGCUCUUUUGAUUUAA